AUGCGGCUUGUAAUUCUUGAUAACUAUGAACUGGCUAGUGAAUGGGCAGCCAAAUACAUCUGUAAUCUCAUCAUUCAGUUCAAACCUGGACAGGACAGAUACUUUACUCUGGGUUUACCAACAGGGAAACUUCCCAGAAAUCAUCCUGAAAGCUAUCAUUCUUACAUGUGGAAUAACUUUUUUAAGCAUAUUGAUAUAGAUCCUAAUAAUGCUCAUAUUCUUGAUGGAAAUGCUACAGAUUUGCAAGCAGAAUGUGAUGCAUUUGAAAAGAAAAUUAAAGAUGCUGGAGGAAUAGAUCUUUUUGUUGGAGGAAUAGGUCCCGAUGUUCAUAUUGCUUUCGAUGAGCCAGGAUCCAGUUUAGUAUCAAGGACAAGAUUAAAGACUUUAGCAAUGGAUACCAUUUUGGCAAAUGCUAAAUAUUUUGAUGGAGAUUUGUCAAAGGUGCCCACUAUGGCUCUGACAGUUGGUGUGGGGACAGUGAUGGAUGCUCGAGAAGUAAUGAUCCUCAUAACAGGUGCACACAAAGCAUUUGUCCUGCACAAAGCAAUAGAAGAAGGAGUCAGUCACAUGUGGACUGUUUCAGCUUUCCAGCAACAUCCCCGAACAAUUUUUGUAUGUGAUGAAGAUGCCACUAUAGAAUUAAGAGUUAAAACUGUGAAAUACUUUAAAGGUUUAAUGCAUGUGCACAAUAAACUUGUGGAUCCACUAUACAGUAUGAAAGAAGAAACUGAAGGUGAUUGGAGCUAA